AUGUUAUCAGAUGCUUUGAAAGCUUUACUAGGAGCAAUUUCAAAGGACCGUAGUGCUGAUCAUAGACACGAGAAAUUAUUUGCUGUUAUUAAGCUACUAUGGAGUCCUUAUUUAGUCGGAACAGAAAUAAAAAUUUUGGCAGCAACGGCGGUGAACACUCCGUCACCACCUUCACCGAAUUAUCAGUCUGUAUUCACUGGCCUAGGUGAUAACAUUAGUGUUGUACAGUUUCGAAAAUUUCUGACUAAAGUCGAUGAUGUAAAUCGCCGCAAUGUGGGUGAAAAAGGAAAUACUUCGUUGAUGAUUUUAGUGGCGAAAGGAAAACUUCGAAACGAUGUUGAAUUACCAAAGAUUGAAGUUUUGUUGGAAUGUGGUGCGAAGUGGACUGCUACGAAUAAUUAUGAUGAGACAGCAGACGAGUUUGCUGCCAAAAACCACGGUGGUCAAGAAGCGGUGCUGCAGAUGGUACAAAUGUUAAAAUCAAAAUACUAA